UGGUCACAACGGCUCAAGCUUUGAUACUCCAUUUUUCCGAAGAUGCCAAAAGUUAUAACUCGAAGUAUYGUUUGCUCCGAUACUAAAGAUAAAGAGGAGUACAAUGCGGAUGAUACUGCKUUGUUUGUKUAUUAUUGUUUAUGUGGGCAAAUGGCCAUGAUUUUAGAUUGUACCAUUGAUAAACUCCCUCUCAGAAAACUGGACAAUGCACGAGUCAUUGAYGCAAGUAAACAYGCAUUCAAACUCAACAGUGUUGAUGGGGAUGUUGUUUUUCUCAGAAGAAAAGGAGGUGUUGAAAGACAAUUUAGGCAAAAGUGCAAAAAGUGUGGGUUAUGGCUAUUUUAUCGGCCRUCCAAGAAAGACCAUAAUGUAACAUUUUUAGUGGAUGGUGCAACUGUACAAAGUGAACAAAAAACACCAAUUAACCAAAAGGCAAAGACAUCCAACAAGGUUAUGAUGACCAAGAGAACAAAAGAGUUUGGAAAAUUUGGCUCAGUUACRGUGUCAACCAUCGAUGAAGAAGAAGAGGAAAUUGAACAGCAUGAAGUGGCUUCCUCCUACUCACACAAUGCAAAGAUUAUUGAGAARCAACUUGAAAGAAAAACAACAGCACAGAAACGAGCACAUGAUCAGGACGUAAAAGAUGGAUUCGGAAAGAAGCCACGUGGAACUCUUCUUGAUAAAACUUAAAUGUGUACAUAACUCAUGUCAAUAUUUAUUGUAUCAUCAACACAAAUUUUACAAUUAAAGAGUGAAAAUACCAAAAAAAUAACUAAUUAUUUUAA